CUGACGGGCCCAAGACCCCGCCCACCCUAAUGUAGGCGAAAGGUCGGCGGAACCUGUCGUGUAGCCUGGGCAGCCGAGCAAGACCUAGACCGCCCCGAGCUGCCAGGCAGACAGAGAAGACUGACCAUGGCAGAAGCGCCGAAGCCCAUCAGUCCGCUUAAGAACCUCCUGGCCGGCGGCUUUGGCGGCGUGUGCCUGGUGUUUGUGGGGCACCCCCUGGACACGGUCAAGGUCCGACUGCAGACACAACCACCAAGUUUGCCUGGACAGCCACCUAUGUACUCCGGGACCAUCGACUGUUUCCGGAAGACUCUUAUUAGAGAGGGCAUCACAGGGCUAUAUCGGGGCAUGGCUGCACCCAUCAUUGGAGUCACCCCUAUGUUUGCUGUGUGCUUCUUUGGGUUUGGUUUGGGGAAGAAACUACAGCAGAAAUCUCCAGAGGAUACGCUAAGCUAUCCUCAUAUUUACCUUGCUGAACCGUUAAGCCAGGCUGGCUAGCAGGGAGCCCCGACCCUGCUGGGUCUAUCAAUUCAAUGGUGCUGUUUUGACUUGAUGACCUUCUGUCCCUCCCAGAUUCAGGCCUCUUCAGGAGAAACCAAAUACACUGGUACCUUGGACUGUGCAAAGAAGCUCUAUCAAGAGUUUGGGAUCCGUGGCUUCUACAAAGGGACUGUGCUCACUCUCAUGCGAGGUAAACUGAAGCACUGCACUCUAGGUCACCUGGAAAGGUCAGCUGAUGAGAGUCUGUCACAAGAAGCUGACUGGACUAGCCCUUUCAGUAACCUCUUUCCCAAGUGCGGUGCAGGGGCUGGUCUGAACACCAUGCCACGGUUUUGUCUGACUGGGGUUGUGGGGUUCUGCAGCGUUAGUGACCUCAGUGUGCCUCGGAUCCUGGUGGCUGGAGGCUUUGCGGGGAUCUUCAACUGGGCUGUGGCAAUCCCUCCAGACGUGCUCAAGUCUAGGUUCCAGACUGCACCUCCUGGAAAAUAUCCUAAUGGUUUCAGAGAUGUGCUGAGAGAGCUGAUCCGGGAUGAAGGAGUCUCAUCUUUGUACAAAGGGUUCAAUGCAGUAAUGAUCCGAGCCUUCCCAGCCAAUGCAGCCUGUUUCCUUGGCUUUGAAGUUGCCAUGAAGAUCCUUAACUGGAUUGCCCCCAACUUGUGAGGCUGAGGACUGUUCAAGACUUCUGGAUGCUGGACUGCUGUUGCUAAGAAGCAGUGGGCAGGACUAGGUAGUCCUGAAGGGUGAGGGGAGGGAAAUGGUGGAAUCAGAGCUCCAGGCAUGGCUAUGAUGGUGAAAUUGUUGCCUUAACAACAUCCCCUACCUUGUAUAACUUGGUGUGCCAUUUUGAAACUUGAAUUUAGAAGAUUUCCAGAGAAUUGGAGAUGGAAUAAAUAGUUUAUAGACUUACUACCUUUGACCAAAUUGCCACCUCCUGGUUGACUGAUGGCUCUACUGCACUCAAAAUACUCCUCGCUGAAGAGAUAAUGGCUGACUCUCUGGAGGCCCCUUGCCUGUUUUCAACCAGCUAAAUCAGGAGCUGGGAUCUUCUGUUGCUAGCCAGGAAAACCCAGCAGAUUUCUGUGGUGCCAUCUACUCCUGGGCUGCACAGAGCGAUGUAGGCGUGAAGCCCACAUCUGUCUACCAAAUGGACUAGGUAGAUAUACCUAAGAACAGACCACUUAUUAACUAUUGUUUGAUAUUUUUACACAAGAAUAUAAUAAAAAAUAAACAAGAAUUGUCUAAAUUCCCAGGAGAAGGUGAAGAAUUUUCCUUCCUACUCAGUGAAGACAGCCCCAACCUCCUGGGUAAGUGAAUGCCAUAAUAUAGGAAGGCUCUUUUUGCACAUUCUUUCCCCAUGAGAGCACUCAAUUUUAACAGGAAACAAUAAAUAUUGUUUCUAAUUUUUG